UCUCGCAUCUUCACGGAGGCAAAGAUGUUGGCAAGGGCAAAAGCUCGUGCUCUUUCUCUCAACAUAUGUAGAGAGAGAAAGUGCUGCAGAAAGGAAAAGCAAGAAAACUAAUCUGGGAGAGCGCAUUCUACAGAGAGAGAGAGAGAGAGAGAGAGAGAGUUGGGCAAUUGUAGUGAGAGAGGGAGAAUGGGUGACUAUCACUUUGUAUACAAGGACGUGGAGGGGACGAGCACGCAGUGGGAUGAUAUACAGAGGAAGCUUGGGAACCUGCCACCAAAGCCUGCACCUUUCAAGCCUCCGGCAUGGACCCCUGCUGAAGAAGACGAUGGACUCAAACCUAAAAACAGAGAUUGGAUUGAUUCGAAGACCCAAGAGGAGUUGGAGGACUUGGAAGAUGAUCGAGAUCUCGAUGACGAUCGAUUCCUCGAAGAAUACAGAAAGAAAAGGCUUGCUGAGAUGAUGGAGAGUGCAAGAAAGCCACGGUUUGGUUCAGUAAUUCCAAUUGUGGGGCCAGAGUUUGUGCGGGAGGUCUCGCAAGCUCCGCCAGAUAUCUGGGUACUGGUGCUCCUUUACAAAGAAGGAAUACCAGAGUGUGUCAUUCUUUUACGCUGCUUGGAAGAACUAGCCACAAAAUAUCCAGCAACAAAAUUUGUUAAAAUAAUAUCUACAGACUGCAUUCCAAACUAUCCCGAUCGUAAUCUUCCAACUCUAUUGGUGUACAAUAACAGCAAUGUCAAGGCAAACUAUGUGGGUCUGCAUCAUUUUGGUUCCCAUAGGUGCACACCAGAAGCUGUGGCAUUGACUUUAUGCCAAUCGGAUCCUGUGCUUAAUGAUUCACAAAGUGGCAAGGACUCUUCAAAGGAAAAUGUGAUAGAACGAGUCCGCAAGGGUUUUAUAGAGAAGGUUAUUGCACAACAUGAGGAAGAUGAUGAUGAGUAUGCUAGUGACUGAAGUUUUUUUCUUUUUCUUUCUUCCGAAGUCUUCCUUGUUUGACAUCGUAUGUUUAUAGGCCAAUUGAAUUGAUUUUAUGUGGUCAGGGUGCGAACUUUAUUGGUGUUGAUAACUAACUGAUGAUCUUUGUGUAUCAGUUCGCUUCUUCAUGCCUUUUUUUUUUUUUUUGACAAGGUUGCCAGAAUAGGCAUUUUUUCUUGGUGUAAUAUUUGCAUGAAUAUUAUUACCAAUGAGUGAGUAAAUCAUCAUAACCCACGUGAUUAGGGUUCAUUU